AUGAAGAAGAUUGACUUCAAGGCAGCAGCAGCACAAGCUCAAGCACGCAAAAAGAAGGACAAGAGCGGUGAGGGCAAGAAGGAGGUGAUUGAGCGCCCAAAGCGCUUUGAGUCCAGUCCAGUCUACUACAAGGGAGAGCAGGUUGCCGUGCUCAACGGCACGGUCGCCGAAUACAAGGUUGACAUCUGGAGUGGUGCUCACCCUGCCUGGCAGGGCAAGAAGGGUAAGGUUCUUCUGGACAACUCUGCUCUUACCAAGUUCCAAGAAAAGUUCGGUAUGGCAGCAGACGUCUAUGGAGAGCAGGGAAUGGAGCAAGUGAAGGCCAACGAGGAGCUGAAGAAGAAGCAAGAGGAGAUGGCCGCGCAAGGUCUGAAGGUCUACUAA